AUGGCGUCCAUUUCACGUCAACCUUUUGCGCCCCUCGACGGCACCCGACUGCAGAAUCUGACGAGCAUUAAGAAUAGACAGAAUGCUGCUCCAUCAGCUACUGGCGGUAAGCGCAAAGCUUCAGAGAGCGUAGAAACCGACGAUUGCGAAAAUGUCGACCCGUUUGCUUUCUCCAAGCGAUCUAAGAGCUCCGAAACCUUCUACCCGUCAAAGGAUGUCCUUAAGCCCUCGUCUUUCGUCCUAACCAAGGCCGCGCCUCUCGCUGCCAGCCCUAUGUUGAACUCCUCAAGGCCUACCCUACCUCGCCCUCGCAGUUUACUCCAGCCCAAAUCGCCCUCAGCUAAGAUCAAUACGGCUAUCGCCAAGUCCUCCCCACUCUCAGCUCCCGCUGGUCGUUCGCCAACUCGCGGCAAGAGAUCCGGCAUCCUUUCAAACCGUCGUAGAACCGCUGGCCCCUACACGCGCGUAGAUCCGCCUGCCUUCAACCUCCCUUCAUCCUCUUCGGCACCAUUCAGCCUCGAUGCUGCUCUCAAGGGGACUAUCCCGAGCUAUGCUGCCCGUUCUACUGUUGCCACAUCCUCGCGGAAUGCCGUGAAGGACCUUGUUGACGAGCCUGAUUUGAAGGCAUCUUGGUUCUUUGAUAUCCAUGAGGAUACGCCAGAGCAGGAAAUGACCAACAUGCUCCAGCACGGCACAUGUGUCCUCGACAUAAGCUCUGAUGAGGAGAGUGAACGCAAAGCCAGCAGGGACCGCGCAGAGGGUCGUGACAAGGAAAAUGUGCCGCCUGUCGAUGAUGUGAGCCAGACAUCUGCACGUCGCUCUGCUCGUCGUACUAGCGAGGACGAGAUGAUCUUUGAAAAGGAGAGGAUAGCUCUGGGCGAGAUGGAUGCCAGCGAGUUUUAUGCGUUUGGCUGCGACGAGUCAUCGAUCAUUAUUGUCCCCGCCGACGAAGAGGAAGAGGAGGAGAGCGAGGUGGCCCCUCAAGCCGCAGUGCCCGAACUCAAAGAGCCUGUCCCGGAACUCAUAGCAGCCCCGCUCGAGGUUCCCUUGGAACAAAAAGGUGUAGACGAUCUCAUGGGCAAAUCUACAGAGACAGCGGCCAAGGCUGCGCUCUUGGAGCCUAUGGAGGGCACCGCCCAUUUACGAAAGACACUGCCAUCCAUCGUCACAUCAUCCCUCGCAUCAUCCGGGUGCUUCAAGAUGGGCAAUCUGGUGUCGUUGGUCCGCGAUGUGCUCCCACGUGACAGCCGCUCACCUCACCCUAGGUACCCGGUCGCUCCAACGCCCGUAUUCCGGGGCUCCACUCGGCCCGCAUGUGUCCACUUCAUUACACCUUCGCACCCAGAACCGCACCACUCGGCGACACUCGCAUCUCACACCAUCGCAGUGUCCCGCACUCAUAUCCGCUCAUUGGACCAUAGAAGUUGCGAUUGGAGCACCGGGAUUCACUGUGAAGCGGAAUAUCGAGACUCAAUGGCAUCGAUCAAUGACCUUGCCACGGCGGCCAUAGCGACGUCGGCCGCAACCGGCGGACAGGCCGGUGAUACUCUCCCCGUCACCACACCGCCGGCGGGUGUCGUCCGCGGGACUUUCAUCGCAUUUGAAGGUCUUGAUCGGAGUGGCAAGACCACGCAGGUGAAGCUGCUUGAACAGCGGUUGAUUGAAGAGGGGAAGAAGGUCAAGGUUAUGAGGUUUCCGGAUAGAACAACGCCUAUUGGUCAAAUGAUUGAUGCCUAUCUCAAGAGCUCAGUCGAGAUGGAAGACCACGUCAUCCACCUUCUCUUUAGCGCAAACAGAUGGGAAGCAGUGUAUUACCACUCGGGCAUCGUCUACUCCGCCGCGAAACAGAACCCCACCCUGAACCUUCACUGGGCGCGUCAACCGGAAAUCGGCCUCCCCCGACCGGACCUCGUCCUGUUCCUCGACCUCGAGGAGGCCGUCGCCCGGGAGCGCGGGGGCUGGGGCGGCGAAGUGUACGAAAAGGCCGAGUUCCAGAAGCGGGUGCGCGAGCUGUUUUGGGGCCUGAGCCUGGGGUGCGUUGGGCCUGAUGGUGGGCUGGGCGAGGAGGGCAGGGUCGAUCGGGAGUUUCGGCAAGAGGAGGAGGAUUUGGUUGUGGUCGAUGCUGGGGGUACGCUUGAGGAUGUUGCCGAGGAGAUUUGGAGGAAGAUUGGGCCAAGAGUGGAGGCGGUUGAGAAGGGGGAAGCUGGGAGCACGGUGAGGGUUGUGUCGUGA